AUGUUAUUAUUUGUUUUGGCAACGAGUAUUUUUAUUCAGACAAUUUUAAUUUAUAGUGUUGUAGCAUCAUGUACAAUUGAACAAAUAACACCUCCACUGGGUCUCGGAGAAGAACCUCAUUGGGAUAAUGAAACACAAGUGUUAUAUUUUGUUGAUGUAAAGGGUAAAGAUCUUUUUAAAUAUGAUCCACAAAGUGGUGACAUUACAUCUUUGCAUUUUGACGAUUGUGAAAAUCUAGAUAUUGCGAUACCUGUGAAAGGAUACGAUAAUCUAUUUUUGGUUGGUAUUGAUCGUCGUUUAACAUUACUGGAAUGGAAUGGAGAAAAUUCUACUAUAAAUUUCCAAAUUUAUAAUUCACAAUUUAAGUACUUGACAAGUGUUGAACCGUCGCAUCCAUCAAAUCGGUUUAAUGAUGGUAAAGCGGAUAAAAAUGGACGUCUUUGGAUUGGAACACUCGAUCCUCAAAUUUCAACUAACCCCUUAAAGUUUGUACCAGAUGAAGCUACGCUUUACCGUGUAAUAAUUACAAAAAAUUCCAAUGCUGAAGUAACUCCAGCGAUAUCACCUGUUACAGUUAGUAAUGGCUUAGCAUGGAAUAAAGCAAAUAAUAAAUUUUAUUAUAUCGAUACGGCUACCCGAAAAAUUGUCAAGUAUGAUUAUGAUGCUGAUGAAGGAACAAUCAAAAACAAACAGCUGGCUUUUGAUUUUGAAAAGAAUGGCGUGAAAGGUUACCCAGAUGGUAUGACAAUUGAUGAAAAUGAUCAUUUAUGGGUCGCUGUGUAUGGUGGAGGUUCUGUGAUAAAAGUUAAUCCACAGUGUAAUCAACUACUACAAACUGUAAUAAUACCAACGACACAAGUGACUUCAACUAUGUUUGGUGGACCAAAUUUAGACGAUUUGUAUGUAACAACAGCAAAAGAAGGUUUGUCUCCUGAAGAACUUCAACAACAACCUCAAGCCGGAGCUGUAUUUAGAAUUAAAAAUUUAGGAGUUCGUGGAUAUUUACCUCCAUACAAAGUGGCUAUUGAUUAACAUUUUAUUAAAUAAAUGUAAACAGCAUCUUAAAUAUACACAUAACCAGGUCCGUAACUAGGGCGUGGCAAAUAAGAAUUAGAGAUUUUGGAAACCCACUAAUUUUAGGCCAUUCUUUUCA